GAAUGUUGGAGUGUGCAUUCGACACUGGCCUAUUUUCACUGUUACACUUGCAACUAGAUCCUUGACAUGACGUAUGUCACAUGACUGCAACCGUGCAAAUCACCUAACUGGUACUCCUUGACGUGGUGACUUGCACGGAUAUAUCGUCUGGUGAAUGUAACUUUAUGCAAUAAGUCUUCAACAGGAUUGCAACGAAUAUUUAUAAAUAGAAAAACACUGCAUCAACAAUGUCCACCAGGAUACUCUUUUCAACGAUAAGAAGAUGUCACUGGUUGAACAAGGGAUUUGCAGCUGUCCCAGUGAGAUACUAUGGAGAUAUUCCAAAAAUAUAUCGCCCGUAUGGAAAAACAGGAGACGGAAACUAUGGAUCAACACUCGGAAAACAAAAUGUUGGAUAUGUCGAACCAGUACGAGAACAGAUUCUCAGUUUGGCCAAAACCCUUCCUUUCACUGACAAGGACUCGGUCUUCAACAUUGCCGACUAUGGUGCAGCUGAUGGUUCUACUGCCAUGGCCAUUUUCCGUGAGUUGUUGGCAACUCUGAAAGAUCAUCAUGGCCCCAACACCCAGUUCCAGGUGAUCUAUGAAGACUUGGAAAUGAACGAUUUCAAUUCCCUCUUCAAACGUAUGUCAGGAAUCAUCCCUGAUCCACCGUCCUACCUCCAGGAAAUGGACAAUGUCUAUGUUCUUGCUUCAGGGACAAACUUCUACAAGCAGUGUGUACCUUCAAACUCUAUCCAUUUCAUGAUGUCAAUGACGUCUGUCCAUUGGCUGUCAAGGACACCAACCACCUUCAAGGACUCGAUUUACAAAGAUGCCAAGAGUAGUACUGAGGAGACGGCUGCACUACACAAGCAAGCCGAGUUGGACUGGGAGACCUUUUUACUGAAAAGAAGUAGAGAACUGAAACGGGGAGGUUUACUUGUCGUAGGUACCUGCGCUGAAUUUGAGGGCAGAAACACUGGAGAAAAUAGAUACAUGCUGCAAUCGUUUAUAGGUCUACUGAACGAGGUAUGGAAAGAAUACAGUAUAACUGGUAAAAUCACCAAAGAUGAGUUCAUAAAUACAAAUUUGUCCUUCUGUUUACCUAACAUGGAGCAGGUCAGAAAACCAUUCGAUGACAAAACGUCACCUGUUUCAAGGUCUGGAUUAAGUCUCUUGUCAGCUGAAGCUGUUGUGAAUCCUGAUGUAUUUUACAACAAUUGGAGAGAGAAGAAAGACAAAGAAGGAAUUGAUGAAAGGGAGGAGUUUGCCAGAAUGUACGUGUAUGCUCACAGGAACUGGAGCAACAGUACCUUCAUGAAUGGUCUCUCAGAUUCCCGAUCACUGGAGGAGAAGGAGCAGAUAGUUGAUGGGCUGUACGACGACAUGAAGAAACGUAUUUCAAGGAUGAACCCUGAAAUAUUCAAGGACGAUUUGAGAUUUAUAUAUCUCGUGAUCAGAAAAGAAUAAUCAUCCAAGAAGUUAUUUAAGAAGAGAAGCUCCCUCAGCAUACAAACAGGAAU